AUGAGUCGGGAGCGAGCAGACUCCCAGGGGUCACUUGGGCCUGACGAUGAGGUCAUGCCAUAUAGUGACGACGAGACGGAUGAUGAGUUGGACCCCGGCUCAGAUGAAGAGCGUCCACAGGUCGAAGAGGCCAAGAGCACCGAGUCUGGUUGGAGAGUCAAAGCGAACGACAGGGCCUUCUGUAACCUGCCAGAGUUUCAGAAAAAAUACUUCUUGUGUCUCAAGAAGAGUAAAUAUGCAGGGAAUGGAAUCAAGACAUACAAAUAUAACGCCUUGACAUUCAUCCCACUGAAUCUGUUCGAGCAGUUCAAACGAGCUGCCAACCUGUACUUUCUGGCCCUGCUCAUCUUACAGAUUAUUCCUGAGAUCACCACGUUGCCUUGGUACACCACAUUAGUGCCUUUAGUUCUGGUGCUGGGAAUCACAGCCAUCAAAGACCUGGUGGACGAUCUGGCCCGCCACAGGAUGGACAACGAGAUCAAUAACAGGAAGUGUGAAGUUCUCAUGGAUGGCAGGUUUCAAGUGUCGAAGUGGAUGAAUAUCCAUGUCGGCGAUGUGGUUCGUUUGAAGAAAAAUGAUCACAUCCCGGCCGACAUUCUGUUGUUGUCCAGUUCAAAUCCCAACAGUCUUUGUUAUGUUGAAACAGCCGAGCUCGAUGGGGAAACCAACCUGAAGUUUAAAAUGGGUCUGAAAGUGACAGACGAGAGACUGCAGGAGGAGCAACAGCUGGCACAGUUUGAUGCCAUGAUAGUGUGUGAGGAGCCUAACAACCGUCUAGAUAAGUUCACGGGGACCAUGCGUUGGAGAAAAGACCGAUUCCCUCUGGAUCUGGACAAUAUGAUGCUGAGAGGAUGCAGGAUCAGAAACACUGACGAGUGUCACGGACUGGUCAUCUUCGCAGGCGCUGACACUAAAAUCAUGAGGAAUGGGGGCAAGACCAGAUUCAAGAGGACUAAAAUCGAUGAAUUGAUGAACUACAUGGUGUACACUAUCUUUGUAAUCCUGGUCCUGUUGUGUGCUGGCCUGGCCAUCGGAAACACCUUCUGGUAUGAGGAAGUAGGCAGCAAGGCCUGGUAUCUGAAUGACGGUAAGGACCAGACUGCUUCUUACAGAGGUUUCCUCAGCUUCUGGGGGUACAUCAUCGUGCUCAACACCAUGGUUCCCAUCUCCCUCUACGUCAGUGUGGAGGUGAUUCGUUUGGGCCAGUCCAAAUUCAUCAACUGGGACCUUCAGAUGUACUACCAGGAGAAAGACACCCCAGCCAAGGCCCGCACCACCACCCUCAACGAGCAACUGGGUCAGAUCGAAUACAUCUUCUCAGACAAGACCGGUACCCUCACGCAAAACAUCAUGGCCUUCAAGAAGUGCACCAUCGCUGGACGUACCUUUGCAUUGUCUUGAUGCUCAUUUCUUUCCCUCGCUACUUCACAGCCAGUGGACUUUACCUGGAACAAGUACGCAGACAGGAAGUUUGAGUACCUGGAUCAUUCCCUGGUGGCCUGCAUCCGGUCCAAGAAGGACAAAGACACCCUGGAGUUCUUCAAGCUGCUGUCUCUGUGUCACACUGUCAUGGUGGAACAGAAAGAAGAUGAGUUGGUGUACCAGGCAGCCUCUCCUGACGAGGGGGCUCUGGUGACAGCUGCUAGGAACUUUGGUUUUGUGUUCCUGUCCCGUACCCAGGACACCAUCACCAUCAGCGAGAUGGACCAGGAGAUGACCUACGAGAUGCUGGCCCUGCUCGACUUUAACAGCGACCGUAAACGCAUGUCCAUCAUCCUGAGGUUCCCUGACGGUCGGAUCCGUUUGUACUGCAAAGGAGCAGACACGGUCAUCUACGAACGCCUCUCUCCUAAAUCCAAACACAAGGAAGUGACCCAGACUGCUCUAGACAUCUUUGCCAACGAGACUCUCCGGACCUUGUGUCUGUGCUACAAGGAUAUCAGUAAGCAGGAGUUUGACGCCUGGGCUAAGAAGCACAAGGCUGCCAGUGUUACUAUGGGCAACAGGGAGGCUGCUCUAGAUCGAGUGUAUGAACAAAUCGAGAGCAACCUCAUGAUGAUCGGAGCGACUGCCAUCGAGGACAAGCUACAGGACGGGGUUCCUGAGACCAUCGCCAAGCUGGCAAAGGCUGACAUCAAGAUCUGGGUUCUGACUGGAGAUAAGAAAGAAACGGCUGAGAACAUUGGCUAUUCCUGUAAGCUGCUUACCGACGGUAUGCAGAUCCACUAUGGAGAGGAUGUCAAUGAGAAGCUGCGGCUCAGACAGGCGAACAGAAGGGAUCAGCCGCCUGCGUUCGGUCGGACCAGGAAGAAAGUACCGGAUCCGUUCUUCCCUGAGCCUGGCAGGAACGCCCUCGUCAUCACUGGAGGCUGGCUGAACGAGAUCUUAUACGAGAAGAAAAAGAAGCGUCGCCGUUUUCGACUGAAGCGUCUCGGUAAGAGACCUGCCUCCGCCACGCCCCAGGAUGCCGCCCAGCCAAUCGACGACUGGGAGAAGGAGACCCGUCAGGUGGACUUUGUGAACAUGGCGUGCGAGUGCGAAGCGGUCAUCUGCUGUCGUGUCACGCCCAAACAGAAGGCCAACGUGGUCAGCCUGGUGAAGAAGUAUAAGAAGGCCGUCACGCUGUCCAUCGGCGACGGAGCCAAUGACGUCAACAUGAUCAAGACUGCAGACAUCGGUGUGGGUAUAUCCGGUCAGGAGGGCAUGCAGGCGGUGAUGUCCAGUGACUAUGCCUUCGCUCAGUUCCGCUACCUGGAGCGUCUGCUGCUGGUCCACGGCCGCUGGUCCUACAUCCGCAUGUGCAAGUUCCUCCGCUUCUUCUUCUUCAAGAACUUUGCCUUCACCCUGGUCCACUUCUGGUACUCCUUCUUCAAUGGCUUCUCAGCUCAGGUUGCCUAUGAAGACUGGUUCAUUACUUUAUACAACGUGAUGUACAGCUCCCUUCCCGUCCUGUUGGUUGGCUUAUUGGAUCAGGACGUCAACGACAAACUGAGUAGAAAGUUCCCCAAGUUAUACCUUCCGGGUCAGCAGGGGGCGCUGUUCAACUACAAGAACUUCUUCAUCAGUCUGUUCCACGGCAUCUUCACCUCUCUGGUGGUCUUCUUCAUCCCGUACGGGGCCUUCCUCCAGACCAUGGGGCAGGACGGAGAGGCACCCUCGGACUACCAGUCCCUCGCUGUGGUCAUGGCUUCCUCUCUCAUCUUCACAGUCAACAUGCAGAUAUCUCUGGAGACGUCAUACUGGACCUUUGUGAACUGCUUCGCCGUCCUCUGCAGUAUAGCCAUAUACUUCGGCAUCAUGUUCGAUAUCCACAGUGCAGGAAUCCACGUCAUCUUCCCGUCAACCUUCACUUUCACCGGAGUGGCCUCUAACGCACUCAGACAGCCCUAUCUGUGGCUGACCAUCAUCCUGACUGUGGGGAUCAGCCUGCUUCCUGUCAUCUGUAUUCAGUUCCUCUACAAAACCAUAUGGCCGUCCGUUGGAGACAACGUCCAGAGGAACAGGAAGAAGUAUGAGAUGGAGGAGGAAGAGGAGGUGAAAUCCACUCCCUUCCAGCGCGGAAGAGGCUCCCGCCGCUCAGCUUACGCCUUCUCUCACUCCAGAGGCUACGCCGACCUCAUCGCGUCCGGCCGCAGCAUCAGAAGACGACCUGCUACAGCACGCCCCAAACCCAAGGACAGCAUCCGAGAGAUCCCCCAGGCCGAGAACAUAUGAGGGGGGGGGGCUCACCUCACCGGCAUGGCCUGGUUCCAGAUGUGUUUGUGCUGUCUUGCCAACUGCUAUGGUUCUACAACUCAUGUGGUAAAUGUCAUUUUUGACCAUAGGCGUUGUCAAGACGACACAAACAGAGCCUGUGACCAGGCUAGCCUGUCAUGGCCUAUGCUUUUAGGAGGUUGAUCAAGCGGAGAACAUAUUUGAGGUCUCCCCGGCGUGAUCUUACUAAGCAAAGAC